AGAAAUAAUCUUCAAAGAAAAUUUUAAAUGCAACCUGUAUUCAAUUUAUAUUUUGAUGUUGCAUUUCAAAAUACCCACUCCUUUCCGGCUUGGUUUAGAAAAGCUCAGGUUAAUUAAUUAAUUAAUUUUAUGGAGGUUGGAUUUGAUGGGAGAGUGAAUUGUAAGCAAAGCUAAUAAUUACCGCAAUAUCCAUCCUUCUUUGUUUGAACAGUAUACGGUUUCAUCUAUUUGCUUCUUUUGGUUUGUUUACGAUGUUUGGAAGUCGUGAAUUUCCCAAACGAACCAAACUCACUUGCUAGACACUACUGGGUUUAUAGUUAUGGAUGAUAUAAGCGUUCCCAGAUUUGAAUCUUUCGAUCUUCGUUAAGAUUUCAAGCACAGAGAUGAAGUCUCUGUGACAGGCCGCUGAGGUGCUGCUUUGUUGGGAUUCAAAAUGGACCGGCGGAGCUGGCUAUGGCGAAGGAAGUCUUCAGAGAAGAGUCCCGGAGAGACCGAAAGCUCAGGAUCGUUAUCUUCUCAUUCUGAAAGGUUCUCUGACGAGCAGGCAUAUCCAUCUCAAAGUACCCAAUCACCGGAAGUCACAUCUAAAUCUGCAAACAAUGAUGAAGAAGUUAACAAUAGUGUGAAGACCUUAACGGAGAAAUUAUCUGCUGCUCUUCUAAACAUUAGUGCCAAAGAAGAAUUGGUAAAGCAGCAUGCCAAAGUUGCAGAAGAAGCUGUCUCAGGCUGGGAGAAUGCUGAAAAUGAAGUACUCUCUUUAAAGCAACAGCUUGAGGCUGCCAAGAAGAAAAACUCAGCUCUUGAAGAUCGUGCCUGUCAUCUUGAUGGAGCACUGAAGGAAUGUGUGAGGCAGCUUAGACAAGCGAGAGAAGAGCAAGAGCAGAAGAUCAAUGAAGUUGUUGCAAAGAAAACUCAUGAAUGGGAAUCUGCAAAGUCUGAGCUUGAGAGACAGCUUGUUGAACUUCAGGUUCAACUUCAGGGUGCUAAAGCUGAAACUACUGCCUCAGUUGGUUCUGAUCUUCGCCCAAAGCUUGAGGCUGCAGAAAAAGAGAACUCAGCCCUCCAACUUGAGCUCCUUUCUCGGCUGGAGGAGAUAGAAAUCAGGAUUAUGGAGAGAGACUUGAGCACGCAAGCUGCUGAAACAGCCAGCAAACAACAUUUAGAAAGCAUUAAGAAGGUGGCCAAGCUUGAAGCUGAGUGCCGCAGGCUAAAAGCCAUGGCUCGUAAAGCUUCCCUUGGUAACGAUCACAAGUCGUUUUCUGCCUCAAAUUGUGUAGAAUCUUUUGCAGAUAGCCAGUCAGACUGUGGGGAAAGGCUACUGGCAGUUGAAACUGAUAUGUGCAAAAUUAGUGGCUUGGAUCCUAAUGAAUGUGAACCAAACCGUUCUGACUCAUGGGCAUUAACUCUAGUCUCGGAAUUUGAUCAUUUGAAGAACGAGAAGGUUCUCAGAAGAAACCUUAUGGUCCCUUCAAUAGAAAUAAAUCUCAUGGAUGAUUUCCUUGAAAUGGAAAGGCUUGUGGCAAUGCCAGAUACAGAAAGUGGCAGCUAUUGCCUUGAGACAGGGCUUGCUGUGGAUCAAGUCAAUGCUGGUGAAAGCCAUAUAAAAGCUGAACUCGAAGCCAUGAUUGACAGGACUGCUGAACUGGAGGAAAAGUUGGAGAAGUUAGUGGCAGAAAAAGAGGAAUUUAAGAUGGCUUUAGCUGAAUGUCAAAAGCAGUUUGAGACAUCACGGGGUCAGCUAAGAGAAGCAGAGCUGAAAUUGGUGGAACUACAGACUCAGUUAGCUCUCGCGGACAAAUUAAAGCAGGCUACAGAUCAAGAAGUAAAGGCCACCCAAACAAAGCGGGAAACAGCAGAGUCGCAACUCAGAAUUGUUGAAGCUGAGGUCAAAUUCUUGCUUUUGAAAGUUAGUUCAUCAGAAGAAGAGGUUGAGAAGGAGCGUGCUUUGUCUGCUGAAAAUGUGGCCAAGUGUCAGAAAUUGGAGGAUGAACUUUUAAGAAUCAAAAGAGAAGCUGAGAUCUACCGUGAUACAGAGCUGCGGUUAGUGAAAAGCAAUGAUGGUGAAUUGAAGAUGAAGCAGGAGAAGGAGCUUGCUGUGGCUGCUAGUAAAUUUGCAGAGUGCCAAAAAACGAUAGCAUCGCUAGGCCAGCAGCUGAGGUCUCUUGCAACACUGGAAGACUUCCUGACUGACUCUGAGAAGCCACUAGAACUCACAGUGUCUCAAAUAUCAUUGAUGUGAAGAAUGGCUAGUGUCCCACACGAUCAAUUCUGGAAGGCUGACUGAGCUACAUGGGUUUAGGGGUUUCAAUUCUUACCAUUUGCAAACCCAGAAAAACCAAGGAAAAGAAUAAUUGGAACUUAAUA